AUGUCUCAAUCACCCCAGCAAACCCCCAACCUUGGUCCUAAUACACCAAGCGAUGGCCGCUUCAACUUCUCCACCGUGUCGCCCGUGCCCGAAGAGCCAGCUACGCCCGACGCUGCACCAAAGGCCGCCGACUUCGCUCUGCCACCGAACAGCACUGCGUCUGGGGGCCCUAGUAACGAAGGUGCCAUGAGCCCCUCCGCUACCGACCGUGUCUUUCCCAUACGGAGCGCCAUCAGCGUCGACCCUACUCCCACACCAAAGGGUGGUCAUUCCCAGGGCGAUUACUUCCACCCAUAUUCGCGAACAAACGACUCGCGCUUCACAAGCGACUCCCGCCGAGCUUCUCAGGGAUCGACUACGUCACAGGCUUCACAUGGCUCGCAGCGCGCUUGGGGUUUGCGUCCUGGGGGUACCAAAGCAGACACAGGCUCCGAUACACAGCGCUCGUCCUUCCAAUCCACUCAAAGAGCUGACGGCUCGAGAAGGGCCGCCCCUCAAAUACCCCAAAAUUUGUUCAACGAUCUGUCGUCAACAAAGUCAGGCGGAAGCGCACAGGAAGGCAGUCGGUCACCGGGGUCCAGAGCCGAACGGGCACCGUCAAUUGGGGGUGCUUCUGCCAAAAGUGGUAUCAGCAGCUUGGAUAUGGGCGGACUGGUGACACAUCGGUUCAAGCACGUCACGACUGAGGGAGGACACAUGGUCAUAACAGGCCGUGAGGGCGAUACCCUACAGCGCUGCGAGGAUGAGCCCAUCCAUCUGCCGGGCGCCGUGCAAGGCUUUGGUCUGCUACUGGCACUGCAAGACGACCCGGAAGGAAGUCUGUUGGUGCGCGUCGUAAGUGAAAACUCUAAACGCAUAUUAGGACGCACCCCGAAGGAGCUAUUCGCACUAGAGAGCUUUACCGACAUUCUAUCCGAAGAGCAAGCCGAUAAUCUCUUGGACCACAUCGACUUCAUCAAAGACGAGGACUCCGACGUCACGUCCAAUGGGCCCGAAGUCUUCACUAUGUCCAUCAAAGUGGCAGGCUACAAUCGAACUCGCAAGCUGUGGUGCGCCAUCCACAUCAACGAUACAAAUCCUGGACUUGUUAUUUGCGAGUUCGAGCUUGAAGAAGAUCCUCUAUACCCGCUGGUGCCGCCCAAUGACCUUACUCCAGAGCUGCCGGAAGAUACUUUGUCCAGUCAGCCUACGGCGGAGGAACUACUCGAAAGUACAGAAAUCAAGAGCAAGCCCUUGCGCGUCCUGCGUAGCGCGCGGAAAAGGAAGGGUGAAGCUGCUGCGAUGGAGGUCUUCAACAUCAUGUCCCAGGUGCAAGAACAGCUGGCUGCGGCACCAUCAUUGGAAAAGUUUCUCAAGGUUCUUGUGGGCGUUGUCAAGGAACUAACUGGUUUCCAUCGCGUCAUGAUAUAUCAAUUCGACCAAACUUUCAACGGCCGUGUCGUUACCGAACUUGUUGACCCGCGAGCGACAAAGGAUCUGUACAAGGGGCUGAACUUCCCUGCUUCCGAUAUUCCAAAGCAAGCUCGAGAACUAUACAAGCUAAACAAGGUACGCAUGCUCUACGAUCGAGACCUAACAACCGCAAGGCUCGUUUGCCGUACCGCCGAAGAUUUGGAAAGCCCUCUCGAUCUCACGCACUCGUAUCUUCGCGCCAUGUCACCAAUUCAUCUCAAAUAUCUUGCGAACAUGGCCGUAAGAUCGUCAAUGUCCAUCUCCAUCAACGCAUUCAAUGAGCUGUGGGGUCUUAUUGCCUGCCAUUCGUACGGGCCUCGUGGUAUGCGCGUAUCCUUUCCUAUUCGAAAGAUGUGUCGCAUGGUCGGCGAUGCAGCAUCGAGAAACAUCGAAAGAUUAUCGUAUGCGUCAAGACUACAGGCCAGGAAACUCAUCAAUACUGUACCAACACAACAUAACCCCUCCGGAUACAUCAUCGCCUCCUCUGAUGAUCUCUUGAAACUGUUCGAUGCCGACUUUGGUUUACUCUCGAUCCGUGACGAGACAAAGAUCCUUGGCGUUCUAGAAAACUCUCAAGAAGCACUUGCCAUGUUAGAGUACCUCAGGAUGAGGAAAAUACAAUCGGUCAUGACUUCCAUAGAUAUCAUCUCGGACUUCCCCGAUCUGCGAUACCCGCCCGGUUUCCAUGUCAUAGCAGGCAUGCUAAUCGUCCCCUUGUCGGUAGAUGGCGAGGACUUUAUCGUUUUCUUCAGGAAAGGACAACUGAAGGAGGUGAAAUGGGCCGGCAACCCAUACGAAAAGUUCAUCAAAGAGGGCACCGAGGGUUACUUGGAGCCAAGAAAGAGUUUCAAAACGUGGUCCGAGACCGUCGUUGGAAAGUGCCGCGAAUGGACGGAAGAAGAGAUUGAGACCGCCUCAGUGCUAUGUUUGGUAUACGGAAAGUUCAUUGAAGUCUGGAGGCAAAAAGAAGCUGCGCUGCAGAGUAGUCAGCUGACCCGAUUAUUGCUGGCAAACUCGGCGCACGAAGUUCGCACCCCACUGAAUGCAAUUAUCAACUACCUCGAGAUAGCACUGGAAGGAGCCCUAGACACGGAAACGCGGGAAAACCUUUCGAGAUCGCACUCAGCGUCGAAAUCACUCAUCUACGUAAUCAACGACCUACUUGACCUGACCAAGACGGAAGAAGGCGGACCACUCAUUAAGGGCGAGUCGUUCGACUUCCGGGAAACAAUCAAGGAUGCCACCGACAUGUUCAAGAACGACGCCAAGCGGAAGAACAUAUCUUACGAAGUUAUCGAACACCCGGGGUUGCCUACUUUGUGUAUCGGAGAUCAACGGCGAGUCCGUCAGGCCAUCUCCAAUAUCACUGCGAACGCCAUACAGAAUACCACGCAAGGAAGCGUCACUGUGGAGGUUUAUGUUGCAGCAAGGCCCAGCAGAGAUCACGUCGAGGUUGAGGUGGCGGUAGCCGACACGGGCAGGGGUAUGAGCCAGAAGAAGCUUGAUCAGCUCUUCUAUGACUUGGAGCAAGUUCAGUCUGAGCCUGCAUCCAUGUUAGAAGAUGCGUUGGUGCCUGACAAGAAGCAAAUUGCCGAGCAAGGUGAGAAGUCAACGUUGGGUCUCGGUCUGGCCGUCGUUGGCCGCAUCAUCAGGAAUAUGAACGGACAAUUAAGGCUUCGAUCCGAAGAGGGCAAAGGCACGAGGUUCGUCGUACAAUUCCCGUUCGACCUUCCAGACGCCGAGGUAGAAGCCGUGACAACGGCAGAGGCUUCGCCAGCUGGUAGCAUCACACCCCAACCGGACAGUACCUUAUCGAGCAUUUUGCCUGGCCCUGAUGAAGGCGAGCGGACUCUCAUUGCCCCGAGCCUGUCGCGCCACACCUCCGACAGCGAGAGGAAGAGUAGCUCGAGUGGUAGUGGUGGGGCGAGUGGUGUGGUCAUUCGAAGAUCUAGUGCGGAGAGCCUGACGAGCAAGACUAGUCUACGCAGCUUCAAGAGCGGGUCGAGUCAGAGGAGUGAUGUGGACAGACUUAUCGACGCGAUACAAGAGCCGCACAUGAUCGGCAGAGGCGAUGCAAGCCCAAGCGCACACUCUCUGAGACCGACCUUGACGAAACGCAAUAGUCUUGAUCCCGGUGCCGCGCGCAUGAGGUCUAGGAGCCUUGAAUACAUCAGCAGCCAGCCUACUGUACCUCCACACCAGAGAAGCAUGCAGUCCGAUCACGCAGGGGAAGUUACCGUACCUGGAUCCGGUGCCCCAAUCACGGCCUUGAAGAUGCCUGAUGAAGGCGGCGAUAGUCCGGUAGAUCCUCGGCCCAAGCCUGGGAGUGUCCUCGGAGAGGUACAGGGCGACACACCAAUACAACCGUCUGCGGAACCCGAGAAGCUGACUUCGGAUCACAUGCGCGUACUUGUUGCGGAAGACGACCCGGUGAAUAGUAGGAUUGUCAAGAAACGAUUAGAAAAGCUUGGGCAUGAGGUCCAUCUCACCGUCAAUGGCGAGGAAUGUUCGUCGGCAUACUGCGACAAUUCACGAGACAUUGAUGUUGUCUUGAUGGAUAUGCAGAUGCCAAUCGUCGACGGACUUACCUCAACCAAGAUGAUAAGAUCGUUCGAAAAGCUACACACCGACAUCUACUCAGCCCGAGCCGCCCUCUGCGGCCGCGUCCCCAUCAUUGCAGUCUCAGCCUCUCUGAUCGAGCGCGACCGCCAACGCUACAUCGACGCUGGGUUCGAUGCAUGGAUCCUGAAGCCCAUCUCUUUCGAUCGGCUCAACAAACUCAUGGCUGCUAUCGUCGACACGGACAUUCGCCAUGACUGCCUCUACCAACCCGGAGAAUGGGAGAAGGGUGGCUGGUUCCACGGGGGCAAACACAGUGCCGACGAGGCCAACACCAAGCCAUCGGGUGAAGCGCCAAUGCCCAACCCUUCGGAAGAGGUCGACGAAGCGAUCAUGCGAUCAGAAGAACCAAUGGCUGGAGAGGAGAACGAACAGGGCGAUAUCCCCAACGAACAAGCACGGCUCUUGCAAAAUCAGGAGGAGGGAAAGACGGAGCCACCACCGGACGACGCCUCCAAAGAUCCAGCAUGA